GGCAAGCGGCGAUCGGCAGCGGCUAUACUCGCUCGCGAGAUCGCGCACUGUUAGUCGUCAGUCGGCAGUCGUGUUCACGGCGUCACACGAAAGGCACGCGCGGCUCUCCUUAGGACCGGCACCCGAAUAAUGUUUCAGUGUUUGACUAACUCAAUAGGAGGUCUCGGAAGAAGUACCGUAUUAAAUUUACACUGUAUAACCAAUCGCAUAUUCUCAGUGAGUGUUACGCAGUGUGUACGGAAAAAACUUUGUCGAAGAUUCUGAAGAAUCUUGUGUAAAAUUGUGUAAUUCGCCGGCCUAAGCCGGAUUGCGAUUUGCACAAAACUUUUUGACGGUGUGCGUGUCGUCCGCGCGCAUCGUUCCUGUGAUAAGAGGGCCCUGUGAUAUCGACGACAUCGUCUUAGCUUUAAAUCUAGUUAGUAUUAAGAUAUAAUAUUAAUAAAAUGUCACCACCACUUGACUCCCACAUGCUCCAGCUGGAUGCUUGGGAAUCGCUGGACGAGGAAUCCAUGAAUCUGUCGCUAACUUCCGAGUUCUGGACGCAAAUGCAAUAUGAAGCCGAGAGAUUGGACCUGUUACCUACGGCGCAUUUUACCAAUUUACUCCAAGAGAACGACGGCGAUUGGCGAAUAGCGGAUACGCCAGAAGAACACAAAGACAACAUCGUGCACCACGAUUGUAUGUGGGCUGGCUCUUGUGCCGACUCCGUCCACCCGACCAACACAUUCGUGCCGACCGACUUGAUGACAGCUACACCCGGCCAGAGCUUGUUGCGGCGAGAGAUGUCUCCUCCGCGGCCGGAAACACCGCCCACUCUGGACGGAGAUGAGCCCCCGCAGUUCCGGCACGCCGUGGACGUUGCCGGAACUGCCCUGCGCCUCCUGCGGGACUCUGCUGCCGUGGCGGCGGAUCACUCGUACACACUCGCCCGCCAGCACUUCGACUACCUCGGCGUGCAAACCCCAUCAGACUCAUGUGAAUCAGAGGAAGAAAUAGACGUAGUAUCUAUCGGGACUACACAGCAACCGAUGGCCACGAGCUCCCACCUACGUGUGGACUGCUACUCACACACUCACCGGCCUGAGCGCCACAGCGUUCAGCAGUCGGUUGAGGUGAACGUGACCCCCAGACCGGUAGCUAGAAAACGCUUAAUACCACCCACAGGAGUGACGUCACCCCCGACGCCCAGGCGGCGGAGAGGCCCCGGCAGACGUGGAAGGUCCACCACUGACACGGACUCCGAAGCCGAGUCCCCCGAUAUCGAGCGCCGGUCGAUACACAACGACAUGGAACGCUUACGGCGGAUUGGCCUCAAAAAUCUCUUCGACGAACUCAAGAAACAGAUACCCGCUACGAGAGAUAAAGAACGCGCACCUAAAGUCGUCAUCUUACGAGAAGCUGCAGCCCUUUGCCGCAAGCUGCGCGAAGAUGAAUUCGAGCGGGAAUACCUGAAGAAGCAGCAGAAUAAACUUAUUACUAAACUGAAGAAACUUCGGACUAUGCUUUCGGCGAGGUAUCGACCUUACUGAGUGCAACGCGCACUCCAUUGGUAAUACUUUUAUCGUGAACCGCGCCUUCGUGUGACUUAUGUUGCGCGUGGACCGAACUCUUCGUGAAUUUUUAUAUAAAUUGAUCGCCGCACCUUGUACAGUAUCGUACUUCCGUUAGUUGUAAAACAGUGGAAUUAUUGUAUUGUAUUUAUCAGCUUUAAGGCUUUCCCUGCGGAUUGCGUGUAUCCAUGCGUAGCUGUGAGGCUUUCUGAAGGCUCUGCUCAAACAUGUGCAAACCAAAGUGGGCCGUAAAACUGUUAGCUCUACACGGAAUCGUAACCUAGAGACAGACUGCUUUGUAAAUUCUUAGACUGGUUAUACCUCGGCAAAAUGUUUUUGAAAUAUUUGACAGAUACAGAUUUACUCCGUGUUAUUACGACAUAAGUGUUUAUAUAUUGUUUACAAACAAUUAUGGUUUUUUACUUUUUACAUUGCUAGGUUCUUGCAGUCUGUAUAUAUAUAGUUAGGUUUCGUAGUCGACGUAGUUUGGUUAGGUCCGUCUGGUAUUUGGAGAAGGAAAUUCUGACAGGCGCUGGCCAUCAUAUAUGUUUUCGGCCCGAAUCAUAUGAAUCUCACUCGCCAAUUUCUCGACGAAGCUUCGAGAUGUGGCCGGUGAGAUCGUUGUUAAAACUGUUAAUCGUCUAAUUACUUCAAUGUAAGCUCUUUUGCUUUUAUUGAUUCUGUGUUACUGUGUAAAUUUAAUAAUUUUACAUGUUUUAUAUCAUAAUUGCGCUAAUACUGAUUCACUUAUUUUGUAAGAUUUUGGAUUGACAAUUGCGAUAUUUAAAUGAUUUUAAAUCAGCACCACCCAUCAUGCAUUUUACUUUAAGUAUAUUAAUUUUAUUGUAAUUGGUUGAAAAAUUAAUGAAUUAUCGUUAUUAUCCUUACUUAUGACAUUUUGACUAUAUCUUAGUUUUAUUCAAAUUAAAAAAGCGACGUUGGAUUUUAUUAUGUAUUGCUUUGUUGGCAGUAAGUUGAAUGGAAGGUACAUAAUAUGGUGGUUAUUUAAAAUUAUAUAUUUUGUGCACUUUUUACUAAUAAUAAAUAGAACUGAGGUACAAGCAGUAAACGACCAAUCAAUUUAAUAACUGUACAAUUUGAAGAUACACACUAGUUUCUACACUAAGCUCCGGUAGAUUCGCAGAUAUAUUCCACGGUUUAUGUUUUGUAGCAAUAGAGAAAUUAAUGUUAUAUUUUCGCGAACGAUCUGUACCUCAGUUCUAAGUCCUAUUGGUACAAAAUAGUUUUGUUUUUCAUAUACCCAGCCACUGUACAUGGCGCUUAGCUUAGUGUCAACUUUUGGUAAGUAUACAAGAAGUUAUAUAUUAUAUACUGCCGUAGACUCGAUAAAAUGAUAUUAGUUUAAAUGCUUAUUUUACCAGUGAUAAUUUCAAAGUGAAUCAUAAUCUCAGUGACUUGUGUCCAAUAAUGUAAAAUAGACCGUAUUUGAUAACAUACGCCUACAAACGCAGAUGACCGGGUAACGGUACGUCAUCAACCACAAAAUAGUUCCUUAUAGGUACCUACUACUAGAAUUGUGCAUUUUCGUUUUUUUUUUAUUUUAAUGUUAAUGAUAUGUUUAUUGCAGUAAGUUUAGUGACGUAAUCGAGGUAGUUUUAGUCAAUACAAGACACCGGCCGGAGAACGAAGUCAGUUCGACAUAGUUUAAAGAUAGUAUAUUAGAUUCUUCUCCUGCCGGAUCUUCAAAGGUUGUUGUUUUAUCAUGCACAUGGUCAGCAGAAUUGUGAAGGCUUUAAUUGUGUGCGGAAUGUGCCUUGCUCUGUACAUAAUAUAAAAAAUAAUAUUAGGUUUAUACUCGAAUUAGUUGCAAGAAAUAUUUUUUGUGAGAAAUAUUAUCUUAGUGAUAGCGUUGUUCUUAUAGUUAGGGUACACGGAGAGGUUUAUAAUAAUCGCGUUAAAGAUUUGCAGUUUAUCUUCCAAUAGAUAUUAAAUAAAGUGUACAUAUUAUGUAGGUCGAUUAGGUCUUAGCUACUUCUUUUUUUAUAUAAUCAAGUUUUUCUGGUAAUUGUCUGAAAUUUCGUAUCUGGAGAGAUAGUAAUUCUCGAAUGUUGUACCUGCAUUUAAUUUUUCGUUUUUGUCAAUAUUAUGUAAACAAUUAAAGCGAUGAAUUAUCCGAAUUUAAAUAAAGAGUUGUCUACCAAUUGCCUUGAUGUUAUGUAUAUAAGAUAAACAUACAUAUAAGUAUGACUUUAUAUAUUUUUACAUUUAAAAUAAUUGACGUGUAAAAGACAGACAUUUUUCUGUAUAACUUUUACUAAUAUGAUACAGUGUUUGUAAAAUAAAAUUGUUUCAAUCAAUAUUAUAAAACAUUUCGCAAAACCUUUAUUUAAAUUCGUUUAUCAUGUAAAUCGCUCGACAGUAAAUUCAUUGAAUUGAAAAAAGUGUGAAAUAAUUUUUAUUUAAGAAAAAGUCAGUAGAUAUUGGUAUAGUUAAGGCGACUUGUAAGCUUUGUAAAGUAGGAAGAUUGGUUGCAUUUAUGAAUCGCAUCAUACACGACAUGGUAUUGUUACAAGGCACAUUUCCAACACCGCCAAACGGAAAAUGUACAGAGAGAAAUAACAUUAAACUUCGUUUGUAUAUUUUAACAUAAGAUUGGGAUGAUUAAGUCAUGUUAUAGUUUAAUUUUUUUUUCUACAAAAAGUAUCCGUUUUUAAAAGAUCUAAUCGUCGUUUGCUCAGUGGGACCAAUCGGGUGAUGUAUCGAGUGUUUUUAUCGAUUGGUUUGUUUUGUAUAGAUUAGAUGGAUGGCCAAUGGCCGGGGUUGUUGUGAGUGUAAGCGACGGUUGUAGGUGCGCCGCUAUGGAGAAUGCAGGGCGUAACAUAGAUUCCGCCUAAUAUUAAUAUUGCAUCCUGCAAUC